CUAAUUUAUUCCAUUCAUCACACAUUCAUACAUAUUACCUUAUAUACCAAACAACAACAACAAAAUUCUCAAAUCACGUACUCAAUUUGUUUCGAAAAGGAAAUUAUAUUCAUUAACUAAUUUAUCAUGAAGCAAGAUCAGCAUGCAAUGGGAAUUCCAGUGGCAGCUCAGAAUCAAUCCGUUGUUACCGGGGAAUUCUCUACCGGUCUUUGUGAUUGUUUCUCCGACUGUUCUCUCUGUUGUUUGACAUGUUGGUGUCCAUGCAUCACCUUUGGACGUAUAGCAGAGAUUGUUGAUAGAGGCUCAUCAUCAUGUGGAGUGAGUGGAGCAUUAUAUGCACUACUAAUGGGAUUAACUGGGUGUCAAUGGAUAUAUUCAUGUACAUAUCGUUCAAAAUUGAAGGCACAACUUGGAAUGCCAGAAAAUAGUUGUGGUGAUUGUUGUACUCAUUUUUGGUGUGAAGCUUGUUCUUUGUGCCAAGAGUACCGCGAACUACAACAUCGUGGCUACGAUCUUGCCCUCGGUUGGCAGGGGAAUGCGGAGAAGCAAAACCAGGGAAUGAUGGCUCCAUCUAUGCCAGGUGGCAUGACACGAUAAGCUGGGUGAUACUUGAUCAACAGAUACUGGAAUUAAUUAAUUAAUUAAUUGAAACUGGAGAAUAAAAGUGUGUUGUGUUGUAUACUUGUGUUGUACUCGUAGAUUAUUUGACUGAUUCAAUCUUGUGUGAUUCUUUUUAAUUUAAUUGUUUGUAUGAGUAUCAUUUUAUCAAAUGUUUAAUUUGUGAUGGUGUGAGUGUAUUUAUUUAUUCGGAUUAGUGAAUAAGAUAAAAGUUUUAACGAGCUGAGUAUUUCUAUUU